CUUGAUGGAUGUUUGUUUGUUUGUUUGUUUCUGGUUGUGUGUGUUUGAUGGUGUAGAAAAUAAAUCCAGUCUAUGUUUGAAUGUUUGAAUCGAUCGGAUGAUUUUUGUGUGUUCAACAGCAAAGUUAUCUUUUUUCUUUUCUUGGUUUUCUUUCUUCGAAAGCGACAUCAUUGAUGAUGAUCCAUCAUCUUUGAUUGAUUGAUUGAUUUGAUUGGAUUCGAUUCGAUUCAUCAAAACAAAAAAAAACAAAACAUUCGAAUUCGACAUAUUUUCACCCAAAUAGACCCGGUGCUGUGCAACAAGUGGUCUGAGAUCGAUACAAUCGAUCCAGAAUCGAACAAAAAAAACAUCGAUAGUGGUACGUCAUUUGUGUGUGUGUGUUCCGACAAAAAAAACCGGAAAUCUUCACUUUACUUACGAACAACCAGAAUAAUAGAAUCUGGGGAAAAAAAUCUCUUCAGUUUUAAAGAUCUAGGAAUAAUAUUUGUAAAUUAUAUUUAAUCAAUUAUGGAAUUGUCUCAUACAAAAACAUCACAAGAGGUACUUGAUUAUUUCGGUACCGAUAGAGAACGUGGCCUUUCACUUUCACAAGUGAAAGAAUAUCAAGAAAAAUAUGGCCCUAAUGAACUACCGGCUGAAGAAGGAAAAUCCAUUUGGCAGCUUGUAUUGGAACAAUUUGAUGAUUUAUUGGUGAAAAUAUUGUUACUUGCAGCAAUUAUUUCAUUUAUAUUAGCAUUUUUUGAAGAAGAUGAAGAUACGAUAACGGCAUUUGUUGAACCAUUUGUUAUAUUAUUAAUUUUGAUUGCAAAUGCUGUUGUUGGUGUUUGGCAAGAACGUAAUGCUGAAGAUGCAAUUGAAGCAUUAAAAGAAUAUGAACCUGAAAUGGGUAAAGUUAUUCGUUCGGAUAAACAAGGUGUACAAAAAAUUCGAGCCAAAGAAAUUGUACCAGGUGAUCUAGUAGAAAUUUCUGUUGGUGAUAAAGUACCUGCUGAUAUUCGUUUGAUUAAAAUCUUUUCAACAACAUUACGUGUUGAUCAAUCUAUAUUGACCGGUGAAUCUGUUUCGGUUAUUAAACAUACUGAUAUGAUACCGGAUCCACGUGCUGUUAAUCAGGAUAAGAAAAAUAUCUGUUUUUCUGGUACAAAUAUUGCUGCUGGUAAAGCAUUAGGUAUUGUUAUUGCUACCGGUUUGGAUACAGCUAUUGGUAAAAUUCGUACCGAAAUGGCCGAAACAGAAGAAGUAAAAACACCAUUACAACAAAAAUUAGAUGAAUUUGGUGAACAAUUAUCAAAAGUUAUUUCGGUUAUUUGUGUUGCUGUUUGGGCAAUCAAUAUUGGUCAUUUUAAUGAUCCAGCACAUGGUGGUUCAUGGAUUAAAGGUGCAAUUUAUUAUUUUAAAAUUGCUGUUGCAUUAGCUGUUGCUGCUAUACCGGAAGGUUUACCUGCUGUUAUUACAACUUGUUUAGCAUUGGGUACACGUCGUAUGGCUAAAAAAAAUGCUAUCGUUCGUUCAUUACCAUCAGUUGAAACACUUGGUUGUACAUCGGUUAUUUGUUCAGAUAAAACUGGUACAUUAACAACAAAUCAAAUGUCUGUUUCAAGAUUUUUCCUAAUUAAAAAUGCUGAUGGUAAUAAUCCAGAAUUGGAUGAAUUUGAAGUAACUGGUUCAACAUAUGAACCAAUUGGUGAAGUAUUUCAACGUGGACAACGUAUUAAAUGUUCAGAUUUUGAAGCAAUGUUUGAAAUGGCAACCAUUUGUGUAAUGUGUAAUGAUUCAAGUGUUGAUUUUAAUGAAUAUAAACAACAAUUUGAAAAAGUUGGUGAAGCAACCGAAACAGCAUUAGUUGUUUUAGCUGAAAAAAUGAAUCCAUGGGAAUUUGAAAAACGUGGCCUUUCACGUCGUGAUGCAGCAUUAGUUGUUAAUCAUAAUGUUAAACGUAUGUGGAAUAAAGAAUAUACAUUGGAAUUUUCACGUGAUCGUAAAUCAAUGAGCUCAUAUUGCAUUCCAAAAGCUAAUACAAAAUUGGGUAAUGAUCCGAAAAUGUUUGUAAAAGGUGCACCUGAAGGUAUAUUAGAUCGUUGUACACAUGUACGAAUUGGUGAUCGUAAAGUACCAAUGACAGCAUCAAUAAAGAAUAAAAUUCUUGAUACAACACGAACAUAUGGUACUGGUCGUGAUACAUUACGUUGCCUUGGUCUUGCCACUAUUGAUCAUCCACCUAAACCAGAAAUGAUGGAUUUAGCUGAUUCAUCCAAAUUUGCCCAAUAUGAACAACAAAUGACAUUAGUUGGUGUUGUUGGUAUGUUAGAUCCACCACGUCAUGAAGUAUUGGAUGCUAUUCAACAAUGUCGAUUAGCCGGUAUUCGUGUUAUUGUUAUAACUGGUGAUAAUAAAGCUACAGCUGAAGCUAUUUGUCGUCGUAUUGGUGUAUUUACUGAAGAUGAAGAUACUACUGGUAAAUCAUAUUCCGGUCGAGAAUUUGAUGAUCUUUCUGUUAGCGAACAACGUGCUGCUUGUCGUCGUGCACGUUUAUUUUCCCGAGUAGAACCAGCACAUAAAAGUAAAAUUGUUGAAUAUUUACAAGCUGAUGGUGAAAUUUCUGCUAUGACUGGUGAUGGUGUUAAUGAUGCACCUGCAUUGAAAAAAGCUGAAAUCGGUAUUGCUAUGGGUUCGGGUACGGCUGUUGCUAAAUCAGCAGCCGAAAUGGUAUUGGCUGAUGAUAAUUUUUCAUCAAUCGUAUCGGCUGUUGAAGAAGGUCGUGCUAUCUAUAAUAAUAUGAAACAAUUUAUUCGUUACCUCAUUUCAUCGAACAUCGGUGAAGUUGUCAGUAUUUUCUUGACUGCUGCUCUUGGCCUUCCUGAAGCAUUGAUUCCUGUACAAUUAUUAUGGGUUAAUUUAGUUACGGAUGGUUUACCUGCAACUGCAUUAGGUUUUAAUCCACCUGAUUUAGAUAUUAUGGAACGACCACCACGUAAAGCAAAUGAAUCAUUAAUUACCGGAUGGUUAUUUUUCCGUUAUAUGGCUGUUGGUUCAUAUGUUGGUUUUGCAACGGUCGGUGCCGCUGCAUGGUGGUAUAUGGUUGCACCGGAUGGUCCACAUCUAACCUAUUAUCAAUUAUCACAUCAUCUUCAAUGUAUUACUGAUCCGGAUAAUUUCCGUGGUGUUGAUUGUAAUAUUUUCCAUGAUCCACAUCCAAUGACAAUGGCAUUAUCAGUAUUGGUCACCAUUGAAAUGUUUAAUGCUCUUAAUAGUUUGUCUGAAAAUCAAUCAUUGUUCGCUAUGCCACCAUGGACAAAUGUAUGGCUUAUUGCUGCAAUUACUUUAUCGAUGACAUUACACUUUGUUGUUUUGUAUGUAGACAUUCUUUCGGUUGUCUUUUCAUUAUGUCCAUUGACGGUAUUGGAAUGGUGGGCAGUAUUGAAAAUAUCGUUUCCAGUUAUUCUAUUGGAUGAAGUUCUUAAAUAUGUUGCUCGUAAUUUUGUUGAUGUUACUGCAAACAUGGACACGGGAUCGAAGAAACGAAAAUAAAUAACCAGAACAAACAAAAAA